AGAAGGGACCGACAUUUUCACCCAAAUGCAAAUUACUGAAAAAUUCCCAAAUUCUAAUUCGUUUCGGCUCUCUCCCUCCCUUUUUCUAUCUGGACCGUACCACAAAAACCAAGCAAAGCCUCUGUUACCGCCACCGCCAUGAGUAGCAGAGCCAAGAACUUCCGGCGCCGUGCCGGCGACGACGACGACGACGACAACGAAGACGACAACAAAAACAACACUCCUUCCACCACCACCGCCGUAAAAGCCACAUCAAAACCCUCAGCAUCCGGUCCAACGACCAUCCCUAAACCCAACAAGAAGACGCAAAACCAAGCCCCGAAGCGUCUCAGCUUUGCCGACGACGAAGAUAACGACGAAGCCCCAUCUCGUCCCUCUUCCAAACCUUCCAAUUCUUCUUCCAAGUUCUCUUCUCGUCUCGCCAAGCCGUCUUCUUCUCACAGAAUGACCUCCCUCAAGGACCGCCUCGCUCAUUCCUCGUCUGCAUCAUCAUCAUCAUCUUCGUCCCCUUCUAUUCUCUCCAAUGUCCAACCCCAAGCCGGUACUUACACCAAAGAAACCCUCCUCGAGCUUCAGAAGAACACACGCACCCUCGCGAGCUCUCGGCCGUCCACGGAAUCCAAAUCCUCGUCCGAACCCAUUAUCGUAUUGAAGGGGCUUGUAAAAUCCAGUGACCGGAUCUCUGAGAUAGUGACGGAAGCCGAAGAGUUGGAGGGGUCCGAAGACGACGAGGAUGAAGAGGAGGUUAAGGAGAAGAUGGCUAAGCGUGAUGCUCAGGCUCGGUUGGCUUCAAUGGCGAUUGGGAAAGGAAGGGAUUCUUCUUCAUCUGGGUUGGCGAUUCUCAGUCAAGCUGAGAUAGAUGCUAUACGAGCAAAGAAGGAAAGGAUGCGGCAAUCGGGUCCGGCGGCACCGGAUUACAUAUCAUUGGACGGAGGGAGCAACCAUGGUGCGGCGGAAGGGUUGAGUGAUGAAGAGCCGGAGUUUCGAAGCCGCAUUGCCAUGUUUGGGGAGAAGAUGGAUGGAAUUAAGAAGGGUGUUUUUGAGGAUGUUGAUGCGAGAGCAAUGGAUGUGGUGGGGUUGAGGAAGGAGAGCAUCGAGGAUGGUGAUGAUGAAGAUGAAGAGGAGAAGAUUUGGGAGGAAGAGCAGUUUAGGAAGGGUUUUGGGAAGAGAAUGGAUGAUGGGUCUAGCAGGGUGGUUAGCACUGGUGGUGUUCCUGUGGUGGUUCAGAAUGCACCCCAGCAGAAGUUUGUUUACCCAACAACGGCUAGAUACAGUCCGGUGCAAAGUGUUUCUGGUAGUCCUAGUAUAGGAGGGGCAAGUGGAGCAUUACAAGGUUUGAGCAUUAUAUCCCAAAAUGCUGGGAAUUCUUGGAAAGCUAUAGGCGAUUUUACUAAGAAGUUUCAGGAAUCUUAUGGCAGAUCUGUGUCAUCAUUGACCAACUCUGAUGAAAAUUUGUCUACUUCAUUAUUGAAUGUAACUGCUCUUGAAAAUUCUCUGUCUGCUCAUGAUGAGAAGUACAAGUUCAUGCAAAAGCUUUGUUAUUUUGUUUCUAUCUUAUGUGACUUUUUGAAGCAUAAAGCUCCCUUCAUAGAGGAACUUGAGGAGCAAAUGCAGAAAUUCCUUGAAAAACGUGCAUCAGUUAUUUUGGAAAGAAGAGCUGCUGAUAAUGAUGAUGAAAUGAGGGAGGUAGAAGCUGGUGUCAGAGCUGCAAUGUCUGUGUUCAGCAAAAAAGGUGGCAGUAAUGACAUAGUUGCAGCCAAAAAUGCUGCACAGGCAGCAUUGGCUGCUUUGAGAGAACAAAGUAAUUUGCCAGAGAAGUUAGAUGAAUUUGGAAGAGAUGUGAACCUGCAGAAGCGUAUGGAAAUGAAAGGUAGGGCUGAGGCUCGUCUACGCAAGAAAGCUAGGUUUGAUUCAAGGAAAUUAUCAUCCAUGGACGUGGACAGUUCGAGUCUGAAAGUUGAAGGAGAAUCAAGCACUGAUGAGAGUGACAGUGAGAAUACAGCAUACGAGUCACACCGUAAGCAAAUACUCCAGACUGCUGAUCAAAUAUUUAGUGAUGCAGCUGAGGAAUAUUCCCAGCUUUCAAUGGUUAAAGAAAGGUUCGAAGAAUGUAAGAGAAAUUAUUUAUCAACAUAUCGUGAUGCUUACAUGUCAUUAAGUGUUCCUUCUUUAUUCUCACCAUAUGUGAGGCUCGAGCUAUUGAAGUGGGACCCUCUCCGUGAGAAAACAGAUUUUUUGGAUAUGAAUUGGCACUCAUUGCUAUUGGAUUAUGGUUUACGAGAAGAUGGAAGUGGUUUUGCCACUGAUGAUGCUGAUGCUAACCUUGUUCCUGUAUUGGUGGAAAAGGUUGCGCUUCCCAUUUUGCAUCAUAAAAUUGUUCACUGCUGGGACAUGCUUAGCACAAAAGAGACUAAAAAUGCUGUUGCUGCCACAAGCUUGGUGACAGAUUAUGUUCCAGCUUCUAGUGAGGCUCUUGCUGAUUUAUUAGUUGCCAUUCGAACCUGUCUAGCUGAUGCUGUUGCUAAUCUUAUGGUCCCAACAUGGAGUUCACAAGUAUUGAUAGCUGUGCCAAAUGCAUCACGUGUUGCAGCAUAUCGUUUUGGAAUGUCAGUUCGACUGCUGAAAAAUAUCUGCUUGUGGAAAGAAAUCCUUGCAUUGCCAAUUUUAGAGAAGCUUGCUCUGGAUGAGCUUUUGUGUGGAAAAAUUCUUCCUCACUUGCGAAGCAUUGCACCAAACGUUCAUGAUGCUAUCACAAGAACUGAAAGGAUUGUUGCUUCUCUGUCUGGGGUCUGGUCAGGUCCAAGUGUGAGAGGGGAUCACAGCCGCAAAUUGCAACCUCUGGUGGAUUACAUACUCUCACUUGGGAAGACGCUAGAGAAGAAGAAGCAUGGAUCGGGUCUGACAGAGAGUGAAACGAGCGCACUGGCCCGCCGGUUGAAGAAGAUGCUGGUUGAGCUCAAUGAAUAUGAUAAUGCCAGGGACAUAGCUAGGACCUUUCAUCUGAAGGAAGCAUUGUGAUUUCAGAAUCUUCAAUUAUUGCAUGAUGCCUUAAGAAAAAUAUGUUGAUGGUAAAGAGUCAAUAGGACUGGUUCAACUUUUUUUUUUUUUGGGUGGCCUUAGGUGAGAAAAGAAAAAGGAAAAGAAAAAAUGAGGCUUUUUAGUUUUAUACUAUUUUUAUAUGAAAACAUUAAUUAAAUUUAUAUUAUCAAAUAUAAAUUUAAUUAAUAUGAUAAUGCCAGGGACAUAGCUAGGACCUUUCAUCUGAAGGAAGCAUUGUGAUUUCAGAAUCUUCAAUUAUUGCACGAUGCCUUCAGAAAAAUAUGUUGAUGGUAAAGUAUCAAUAGGACUGGUUAAACUUUUUCCUUUUUCUUUUUUUUUUUUUUCCUUUUUUUUUUGGGUGGCCGAGAAAAGAAAAAGGAAAAGAAAAAAUGAGGCUUUUUAGUUUUAUACUAUUUUUAUAUGAAAACAUUAAUUAAAUUUAUAUUGUCGAAUAUAAUUUUGUUAAUAUUAAUUUUCUUGUUUUGUUUUGAAUA